AUGCGAGAAUGGGACUUUUUUGUGAUUGCUGCUCUUUAUGAGAAGGUCGUCGAAUGGGGAGGUACUGUCGACACGCUAGUAUCUUUUUUAGCUAACGAACCCAUACAAACAAACCCAGAGCUGGGGAGUCUAGCAGGCCUCUUUGAGCUGAACCUCCAAGAGUAUGCAUCUCAUGAGCGACUGAAAGAGGUGCUUGAAUCCGGACUGUCGCUUUCGGAGCACAGGAAGCGCUGCAUGGCUGUCCUUCAGCAGGCAUAUCCGACGCAAUAUGACUUUCUUUCCUUCCCCCCUGAGCACCUCAAAGGCCUUGUGGGUGUGCAGGACGAAGUAUCCACACCAGAUGCUGACGAGCAGACUCCAGAGGAGUGCUAUUCCACGGUGGAACGCAUGAACAAAGAUACCUUUGAAAAGCUCUGGUGUUUCCCCACGGACGGCGGCUUCAGUGGCAUGUAUUUUGUAUCAAUUCGGGUCUGCUUGCAACAAUAUAGAAACGUGAUGGAUCUAUUGGUCGAUAUCUAUGGAGCUACAGAACAGGGGCUGCGUGCUGAUCUCAUUGGCCCUGACGACGCUGACGGCAUUUAUCGCUCCCUUAUGUCCAUCUAUGCCCGCGGUGUCCACAGAGACCAAGAUGAACUAAUUCCUAGUUUACAUAACUAA